AUGGAUAUACAGUUAUCAGAUAUGGACAUACAGUUAUCCCACAUGGAUAUACAGUUAUCAGAUAUGGACAUACAGUUAUCCCUCAUGGAUAUACAGUUGUCAGAUAUGGACAUACAGUUAUCCCUCAUGGAUAUACAGUUGUCAGAUAUGGAUAUACAGUUAUCCCUUAUGGAUAUACAGUUAUCAGAUAUGGAUAUACAGUUAUCCCUCAUGGAUAUACAUUUAUCAGAUAUGGACAUCUACUUAUCCCACAUGGACAUACAGUUAUCCCUCAUGGAUAUACAGUUGUCAGAUAUGGACAUAUAG